UUAGUAAAUAUUUGUGCGCGUUCUCUUGAAGAAAAUUGUAGGAAAAAUUAUUUUUUUUUUUUAUUUUCCUUUUUUUUUUUAAAAGAAGUUUUUCAAGAAAGAAAACCACAGGCGCCACAUUAUCGUUGCACGGUCAUGAUUGUAUGUGUUUGUACUAACACGUGGACAUUUGACUGGCUGGUUGGUUGGCUUUACCUGUUAACAUUCAGCUUGUAGCAUGGCGCGGUAUCGCGUACUACCCAGUAGGUAGUGCAUAUUAGACGGUGCACGGACUCAAAUGCGAGCAUUCGCCGGCGAGCGCUCAGCGCGAGUAGUACAAAUUGUAUAUGUAUGUGCUUAGCAGUCGCCGCUUUUCCUCAAUAUAAAUAACAUUUAACCGGCAUCACUUUAUUAAUCAAGGAAUUUCCGUGAAAAAUCGCUCAAAUAAUAAUUUUUUUUUCUCAUUCGUCAAGUGAAAAUCCUCAAAUAUUUUUCCCUUUUGGAUAUUUAAUAAAUUUUCGUUCUAAGUGAAAUUCAUGAGAAUUUAGUGUGUGCCCAUAUAUCGCAAAAAAAACGGUGAUCUUAUAAACGAGCUUCUCAUACAAAAUAAAUUUGAGAAAGAGUCUUGAGAAUUGUCAAGUCCCACGUGUCGAGACGCAUCUCUCGCGACCACUACUACCACCACCACCAUCGAUACUGUCAUCAUCGUGAAGUUACUUACUCCCGGAUAAGUCCCGAGGACGCAGAGAAAGUGAAGUGAUCGGCCAAAGAGAGAACUGGAAGCGUAGUCGAGAGCUAAGUGGCGCCUCGGCACUUUGAGUGGUUGCUCUUGUGCCUUCAUUACGCGAAUUCCUGCGGCUAUCUUCGCGACCCUCGACAAAGCAUUAUUCUGCAAAAAAAAAACAAUAAUAACCAGCAAAUUUUUCAAUUGCACAAAAAAUUUAAAAUGAAAAAAAGGACCAAUUUUUCAAAUUAAAAUUUAAAAGCAAAAAAAAAUUAUUUAAAAAUCUCAUUUAAUGAUAACCGCAAAAUGUUUGAUAAAUGAGAAAAAAAAAAUGAAUAAAGGAAGUUGUGGCUGGUAAUUUAGCUGGUAAAACGUUCCAUUUUGCAAAAGAAUAAUUACAAAGCGGUACAAAGAUAUCGCGCAUAUUUUGAAAUCCGCGGAAAAGUGCGUGUGCCACUUGUUUACACGCAAAAAGGAAACAAAAAAAAAAAAAAAAAAAGAAAAUUUACGCGUCCAGGUAAUCUCAAGAGUGAAUAAAUUUUUGCGGUGGACCGCGAAAGAGAGAGAGAGAGAGAGAAAGAAAAAAAAAAGUUUCUGCGAAGUUGCGGGCAAAACGACAACGACAACCAAAGGUAAAAGGGAAUCCGAUCCCGAGUUAGAUGCAAAUCAGUGACAGUUGGCGCGUAUUGUCGUGUUUGUAAACACUUUUAUCAAAGCACAAAUCUUCAAGUGAACAUAAGACUCGCCUUUACCCCUCCCCCCUCCCCUUCUUUAUCAUUUGAAGUGGGUCAGUGUCCUCCUCUUUAUACAUAUAUAGAUACAAAAGAGAGAAAGACCGCAUUGUGCUUUAAAAAAAAAAAAAAAUGUGAGUGAGAAUCGCGCAAUAUUAACCAUUUUUUUUUUGAGAAGAGAGAAAAAAUAAAGAAGAGAAAAGUGAUAAAAAAAAAAAGUGGGAGAUCAUCAUUCAAGAUAUAAAUGUAUAAUGUAUCCAUGUGCUUCAAAUGACACCUAACAUUUCGCCCUGCCAGCUGAUGACAAACGUCAACAGGAUAAGGGUGGUCGUCCUCGGCGGCCCCAGAGUCGGCAAAUCUGCCGUCGUAGUGCGAUAUUUGACGAGACGUUAUAUCGGCGAAUACAGCUCAACCAGUGAUUUCCUCUACCGGCACAGCGUUCCUAUCGAUAAUGUUACUACCGAGGUCGAGAUACUGGACACUUCCAGGUGCGAGGAAAACAAUUGUCUUUACUCGCAUAUAAGAUGGGGUGAGGCAUUCGUCAUUGUUUACAGCGUGACGUGCAAACAAAGCUUUCAAGAGGCGAGAGGACUUCUGAAACAAUUGGCGGACCUUCGUUUGCCAUCUUAUUUUACCGCCCUUCUACUUGGUAACAAACGAGAUCUCGAUCAUGCCCGUGAGGUGUGCGUGGACGAGGGUCAGCAAUUAUCCUUGGCCCAUGGUUGUCAAUUUUACGAGGUUAGUGCCGCAGAAAGUCCGGCAGGUGCGGCCCUUGCCUUUCAAGCUCUUCUUAGGGAGGCUCGUUCCGUUCAACUAUUACGAGCAUUACCCAUUAGACGUAAGCUCGGUGUUCAUUCAGUAUCAAGGGUAUUGGGUACAAUAUUCGGUAAAAAUACCACCAAGGACCGAAAAAAGAGACCCUCAUUAAGUAUAUGACGCCUUCUGUGCGCCCUCCUCCUCGGAGGACGUGACGAUCCCGAAAAAGGAACCAAUAUUGUCAUACUCAGCAGUAAUGUUUACGCUAAUCGCUGAUGAGAUACGAUAAUUAAAUCUCGGUUCUAAAAGUUGAAUUAUUUUCUGGGGAUGACCCUAGGGAAAAACAAAAAGAAGAAGAGGAAGAAUCUCUCCAAGCUCUCAGGCCCUCUGCAAAAAAAAAAAAAAAAAAAAGAAAAGGAGGUGGGGAAAAUUUUGUGAUCACUCUAUAUAUAAUCAGAGGACAAAUGAUCUGAGUUGGUGGAGUUUUUCUCUUGCAGUUGCACGGAGAUUCGUCACGAGGAUUAGGACAGAGCUUGUCACGUGACCAGAUUGGAGAAAAGUAUUAAAGAACAUUAUUGAUAAAGAAAAAAAAAGAAAAAAACGAUUUUCUGAUGUUUUUCAAAUUGAUAUAUAAAUGUGAAACCAAAGAAUUUGCGUAUAAUGAUGAUGAAGGUGAUGGAUAAUAAUUUUACCCCGUUAGGUAAACAUUGCCGUUUUGUAUUAAAUUUAUCUAAAGAUCUCUUAUUAAUAUAAUUUCAUUUGUCUGUUUCCCAAAGAUUUAAAAAGGGGAGCGUAACGUAAGCUUUGUUUUGUUACGAUUUUGGUUGGGUUAUACAGAAUCAAAAUCGGAUUUUGAAGUUAGAAACAAACUGUGUACAAUUUAAAUUCAAAUUUUGGAAUCGUCAAAAUUGUGUACAAUUUCUGCUCGGCUUUCAGAAUCCGAAUCAAAACUAUUUUCAGUUUGAAUUCUGAUUUUAGAAUCAGAAUCUGGAUUUUAAAAUCAUCGAAACUUUACUGUUACUAUUCGAAUUUAAGAAUCAGAAUCAAAACUAUUCUGAUUUCAGAACCAGAAUCAAAAUCCGGAUUUUAAAAUUAUCAAAACUGCACAGUUGCUAUGAAAACCUAAGAAUCAGAAUCAAAACCAUUCUAAUUGCAGAACCAGAAUCGAAAUCCGGAUUUUAAAAUCAUCAAAACUGUACAGUUUGCUAUUCGAAUUUAAGAAUUAGAAUCAAAAGCAUUUUCAGUUUAAAUUCCGAUUUCAGAACUAGAAUCAUAAUUGGGUUUUAGAAUCAAAUUCUGUUUUUUCGAAGCAAAACAAAAUUAUUUUCUAUUUCGUUAUGUUCCCUGAAUUCAAUAUUAUCUAAUUCCUAAAGAUCUAAUUGUUUUGUUACCCAAAAACCAUAUCAAAUAAACAGACAUUUUUCGGUACAAUUAAAAAAAUGUCAAAAUAAAAUUAACAAAAAAUCUGAGCCAAUUAUUUCUAUUUUUAUUAUUAUUAUUUGUAUAUAUUUAUAUAUUGAGAGGCAAUGACCGUUCGUUCUCGGGUUAAGAAACCCUUCUCAUCCAAAAUUAGAAGGGAUUAGCGUUCGACAACCGGAAAUCUUUAGUGAGAUGUGGAAAUAUUGAACGCACGUGACAAGGAUGAAGUUCCUGCAAGGUGAGAGUGGCGCUUGUACAGGCAUUACUCGAAAGAGUUAACGUGGACAUUUGUAUACGCAUCUUUUCAAGUGUCGCUAGUCUGAUAUUCAUUCUAGGUGGGUGAUUAUAGACUCGGACAUUCCAUCGACAUUUCGAUGACAUUCGCGCGAUUAAUCAUCGGAAAACAAGAAAAAAAAUUAUAUGAUAAUAAAUAUAUAUAUCUAUAUAUAUAUGAGAAGAAGUACUUUUGUUUUAAAUUUACAAAUGUUUCUUCAAAUAUUUUCUACCAACAGGUUACCUGAACUUGAUAGUCUUACGAUAGUCAAUUAGUUGUAGAAUAUUAUAAUUUACGGAAUUAAAAACUAAAGUUUACUGAUGGUUUAAAAAUGAAGAAACAUUUGAUUUUUAAAACUGCAAAACAAAACUAUGUCAUUUCAAUAAAAUGUUUUCUAAUUUGCGUUUACAAAUAUAUAUUUUUUUUAAUAUUCGCAGUUGAUACAGUUAAUUAAAAUCAGUUAAUAAAUUUACAUUUUAAUAAUUAUUUUAUCAAAAUGAAUUAAUGAACUAUGGUUUUCUUUCAUUUUUUUUUAAUUCUCUUUUUUAUUAAAUGAAAUUAUUUUUAAAAACGUUCUUAUUGAAUUGACAAAUUGAGUGCUUUUUGAUAAAACUUUCUCAUAAUAAUAAAGAAGAGCAUUUAAUGUAAAUACUCGAAUUUAAUUUUGAAAUAUAUAGUAUACGAAAAUAUAAGAAUUCGAAGAGAACGAUACAUAUCAGCAAACGAUACCCGCUUGUCUUUCAAAAGAAAAAAAAAAUUUAUUAAUAAAAAUCACGAGCCAAGGAAACAAAUUGUGAUUUUCUGAUUGAUCGUCAUAAAAUUUUGUAUUAUAUCAGAUGUGUUUCAAAAAGUGCCUUUAUCAAUUAUAAUAGUGUUUAAAUAUUGCCACGAGUGUGCUUUUAAAUAUAUAUAUAUAUAUAUAUAUAUUGUAAUUAUAUUUCACUCAGGAAAAAAAGAGUUUCACGAAUCUCUCGAGGAUUUUAAAUGUUUACAACUGAUAGUGCACUCGGGAAAUUCCAAUACGAUUUAGUGUUCUGAUAACGAAUAUCUUUUAAUAAAAAUAAAAUUUCUAUACUCCUUUUCAUGCGCAUAAAUUUCAUUUAUUUUUUACAAAAAGGUUUGCAAAAACUUUUCCAUGAAGCUGCAAAUAUAUUUAUACAUAAUAUAUAUAUAUAUAUAUAUAUAUAUAUAUAUAUAUAUAUAUAUAUAUAUAUUAAACUUUGAUGUUCCUGAAUUUCUAGAUUAUAAUUGUAUGUAUGAUCAAUGAUGACACAUAAUAUAAGAAUGCAGGAAAGAUGAUAAGAAUGCGAAGAAAAAAAAAUUUGUAAUUUUGUGUACAUAUUGAGACAAGUGGAUGCGAUAUGUGUUUGCUUUGCAUUUCGUUAGAAGCUUCUGAAAACACUUACUUUAAACCAAAAGCAAUAAUUUUUGAGGAAAAAUUAAAAUUAAAUAAAAUCGAAAAUUUUAUAAAUGCACUUUCAGUUAAAUAAAAUUUAUAAUGGAAAUUUAGUGAAUUUUAAAAAAGCAAUAAGUAGACAUUUUUUUCUAAUUCAUAAAAAAUUAUUUUUCAAUUUACGUAUUUAUGAAAAAAUUUCUCAUUUUUUUAUGAUUUUUAGUGAGUGUUUUUCCAGACACAAUACGUAAUUUAUUCCAUAUCGAAGGAACCAUUAAGUAGUGAAUAUUGCUACAUUAACGGUAUUAUUUUAUUGUAUAAAAAUUUGUAAAUAUUUUUUUUUCCCCAUUUUGAUAUACGUACGAUUGUAAAACUAUACUUAAUUGUCAGUAAAGGAAACUGAUAUCAUCGACGACGUUGUUGACAAUGUUAUAUGCGAAAAAAAAAAAGAAAUUCUAACACUUUUUUACAUCUAGAGAAAAAUCAAUCGUCAAAUUUUUAACGAAAUAUUAAAUUCUAAUUUUUUCGAUUCACAUUUUAUUUGAAGAAAAAUUGUUAUAAUUUCUGAAAUUUUAUACCUUAGCCAAAAAGAAUAAACGCCAAAACAAUUUAUUAAAGAAUAUAUGUUUUCUUUUUUUUUUUUUUGCUUUAAAAUUUAUUAUUUUUCUGUAGAUGUAUCUUUGCAAGUAGUCGCAAGAUUUUAAAUACAUUCCAGAAUGUGUGUAUGUGUGUUUUAUUUUACAAUUUUAAGGAAACGUCGUUCAAAACGUAUUUUAAGUGCUAGUCACUUGUUAUUGUGAAAAUAAAAAGAAAAAAUAAAAGUUCUCUAUAGUUAAUAUUAUAUAAUA